AUGAGUUCCAAGUUUGCGAAUCGCAGGAAACCGCGCAAGGUUGGUGGGGAUGAUGAGGGGGGCGAAGAAGAGCAAGAUAACGGACCUGUUGUCAAGCGACCGACCAACACCAAGACAAAACAAAAGUCGAAAUUACGUCUCUCGUUCGGCCCCGGUGGAACCUCAAUGACCGAUGACGAUGGCGCACAGGAAAGUGAAGUGGUGAUGCCUAAACGACACGGCUUGGGAAGAAUGGCUAUAGAAAAAAGUGCUGCGCAGCGGUCUUCAACACCAUCUGGAAUCGCCAGUCCUCUUCCGAUGCGGGUUGGUCCGGAACAGGAUCGACCAAGUUACAGCAGUGAGCACCUCAACGAGCUCCGACAUUCGACACCAUCGACGCCUAAACCCCCUGCCGAUGAUGGGAAAGAGAGAACGAUAGAUGUCGCUGCGAAAUUUGGCGAAGUGAUGCAAGUGUCGGCGCCGUCCGCGAUUCCCAGCGAAGCAGAAAUCAGAGAGAAGAAAUCUAGGAGAGCGCGCUUGGCAAAAGAGCAGGAAUACGGCGGAACGGAGAAGGACUUCAUUUCGCUCGACGAUAACGUAUCCGACGAAGACUGGGACCCCAAUAAUAAGCCGGAAGAUUCCAAGGACACGCGUCUGCUGCGGGACGAUGAGGAUUUCGCGGAGGGUUUCGACGAGUUCGUUGAAGAUGGCCGUAUAUCUCUUGGAAAGAGGGCCGAGCGCGAACACAAGAAGAAGCAGCGCGAACAAAUGCGAGAACUCAUAGAUGACGCCGAAGGGCUGUCUGAUGAGGAUGAUACUGAUCUGGAGGAAAAGGCAGCCUACGAGGCUGCUCAAACAAGAGCCGCCAUGGGACAUGGUGGUAAGGACCAGAUAGAGCGACCAAAGACGCCGCCGAGGAUGACCUCGCUUCCGCAACUUUCACACAGCUUGGAUCGCCUAAGGACGACGCUGGCUGUGAUGAACCAGUCGAAGGUCCAAAUGAUCAAUCGAAUGGAAGAUCUCAGGAAAGAGAAGGCCGACAUAGCCACCCGGGAGGUGGAAAUCCAGGCACUGAUCAAAGAAGCUGGUGACAACUAUGAGAGGCUUAAGCAGGAGGCAGGCGCUGCUCCGGGACCAGAAAACGAUGCGUCAGGUGAGCGAGGACUAGAAACGAUUGGCUCUGCGAUGGAUAUAACACGAGACAACGCUGAAGACGCGACUUCUCGGUACGGAGGCAUCCCGUUCAUCGAAACGCCUAUUGACGAAAAUGAUGGCGACCCACCGCAUCUCUACCGCCAUUCCGACGCGACGCCGAUAGAGUUAUUCUUUGACCUUUUCUUCGUUGCCAACCUAUCCACGUUCACAGCGACCCAUGAAAUUCACAAUGUAGAAGCGCUGGGCGCGUACAUAGGCUUUCUCGCAGUGAUAUGGUUUACCUGGCUCCAGGUGACGCUCUUUGACACUCGAUUCGCCAGGGACACCAUAUUUGAACGGAUAUGCAAGGCCAUUCAACUCGCUGCGAUGGUGGGAUUUGCAUCUGCUGGCACCCGGUUGACUACGCGUGUGCAGGAUGAGAAUGUCUGGGCAUUCCAGUCACUGAGUCUUUUCCUGGGGGGAAGUCGAGCUUUGUUGUCCGUGCAGUACGCUAUGUUCUGGGCCUUCAGGGAACGUACCGAAUUACGAUCCUACAUAAGGAUCGUUUGGGGGGUCCUGUUCGGGCUGGAGACGUUAUUGACAAUGGGGAUAUCCUGUUCCACGCCAGGAAUAGGAUUCCACGAGACUCAUCUAAAUGUGCGGAUGGGACUCCUCACCUUGAUCAUUAUUGGCGAAGGAGUCAUCGCGGUCACUAGGAUUGUCAACAAAACGUCGCUGGGACAGUACUCCCAGCAAAUAUGGGCGCAACUCCAUUACCCUUUCCACGUGGUGCUUAUUCUUCUCCUGGAAGGCUCUCAGAUCCUUGCCCUGACCCUGGACAUUACCCUGAAGCUCACGUACCUCACGGAAACGAUCAUGUUUGCAUGCGAAGAGCCCCGGCCCCCGUCGGACACCGCCAUUGGCCUAUUGCGGAGCACCAUUGAAGACAUGGAGAUCAACUAUAGCCGGGGCGCAAUCGCGCAAGAGAUUGCGAUAGCUGAGAUUCUCGGGGACCUACCGAACCACCCGCUAUGUAUGACCUCGGAGGUCAUCAGCUACUCCGUGACUAAUAAGCUCCUAAACGAUCUGGUAGGCAAUGUGACAGCGGCUCUGUUUACCAGUAUGGGAGUGAUGCCGUCGAAGGGGUCGCGGAUGGACCAAAUGACCAGCGACCAGCUCCUGAGGAUGUACAUGGAGGUGCUGGGGUUUGUCUACAUGUAUUUCUUUGCGGUAGCGUCGCUGGCCAUGUUUCUGUUCGCCGCGUUCGUGUCACUCGCGCAUUCGCGCAGUCGGCCCCGGCGCGAGAUUGGCAUCAGGAUAGGCGUUCGCAUGGCGCUGGGGAUGAUUUUGGCGUGUCUAGUCGGCUUCAUUCGGUAUUUUGCGCUUGCAUAUGCUUUCAUGACGUCCCCUGUCAUCAUGUACGCUUUUACCUUUACCUUACUCAUUGCGCUACUGACAGACCGACUAUUGGAUCAGUACGGAGCCCAGGCACGAGCCCGACGGACGCAGGAAAGCGAAACUCUGGACAAAGCGCCAGGAACGUGA